AUAGAAAGUAAUGGAUAAAUUUGGUACAUCGUUUUAAUCUGUUGAGGGACCAACAGAUGGACCUAAUUUAAAAAAUGCUAGAUUAGUGGGUGUAUAUUUUGGAGCCUAAUGGAGUUAACCAUGUUAAAGAUUCACACCUUCAUUGAGUAAAUAAUUAAAUUAUUGAAUAGUUGAAUUCUAUACAAAAGUAAAUGAAGACAUUCAAUAAUUUGAAAUAAUAUAUAUUGGUAUGGAUGAGAAUGAAGAGAAGUAUAAAGAAACAGUCAGUGAAAUGCCUUGGUUAUUUUAUGAUUUUAAAGAAUUUGUAAAAUAUUAAGUGUAUUAUGAAUAUAAAAAGCAUAUAUAAGGUAAAAAUAUAAAUUUAUGUAGGUGUGCCAUGUUUACUUAUUUUAAAUCCAAAUAAUGGAUUAGUGAUUACAAAUCAAGGCAGGGGAACAAUAGAAAAAGAAGGUUAAGGAGCUUUUGAGAAAUGGUUAACACAGAUGAGCUUUAAAUGA